AUGGCUUCAGAGCGACGUAUUAAGUCUCUAAAAUUGAGGAUUCGCAGCCUGGAGACUUCUUUCAACCUCAUCAAGGUUUUCGUCGACAACUACGACGAAGACACUCAAUCAGUUGAAGUCCCCGUGAGGCUAGAGAAUCUCGGUGUUCUCUGGGCAGACUACUCCAAGACCCAAGCUGAGCUGGAAGCUUCCGAUGUCGACGACAUGGCAAUCGUCGAGCAGCAAUUCAAGCAGCGAUCGCAUUUCGAGACAGAAUACUACAGAGUGAAGGGAUUCUUGCUGGCCGUAAAUAAACAUGCUUCGACUCCGUAUUCUCAUCCUGUUCAGUCCCAUGCGCACUUCCCUGCUUCCUCCCAGAUACGGCUACCCGACGUAAAGCUCCCCGUGUUCAACGGGUCGUUAGAGCAAUGGUUGAACUUCCACGAUCUUUUCGUUUCUUUGGUGCACUCAUCAAGUGAUUUAUCUAACAUCCAAAAGUUUUAUUAUUUGAGAUCGUCGUUGAGUGGAGAUGCCCUUAAGUUAAUCCAAACUAUUGCAAUCAGUGCCAAUGACUAUCCCGUCGCCUGGAAUCUUCUCAUUGAGCAUUUUCAAAAUCCAUUACGCUUAAAACAAACUUAUGUUGACUCGUUGUUCGAAUUUUCGCAACUUAAGAAAGAAUCAGCUUCAGAUCUUCAUUCGUUGGUCGAAAGGUUUGAAGCUAACGUUCGAAUCCUGAAGCAGCUUGGAGAAAGAACUGAAUAUUGGGACAUUUUGCUCAUACGAAUGCUGAGUAUCCGCCUUGAUUCAACAACUCGUCGAGAUUGGGAAGAGUUUGCGUCUGCGAAAGAGUCAACUACAUUCCAAGAUCUGGUAGGCUUUCUUCAACGACGAGUUACGGUUCUGCAGUGCAUGAGCAAUGGCCAGCAAGAGCAUUCAGCAACGACUUCAGCGAAAAAAUCGACUUCUCGUCCUCCACUCGUUAGCCACGGAGCAACUCAGUUCAACUAUCGGCAGUGUUUCGCUUGCUCCGACCAUCACCCUUUGUAUCAGUGUCCAGUUUUCUCAAAAAUGACCUCCGAAGACAAAGAAAAACUUGUGCGCCGCCAACAGCUUUGCCGAAAUUGUCUACGGAAGGGUCAUGUGGUUCGAAACUGUUCGUCGAAGAACACCUGCCGGAAAUGCCGAGGACGACACCAUAGCCAGCUGUGCAGCGACGAUCGCACUCAUCAGGAGCGCCUCAACCAGCGAGUCGAAGCAAGCGCAACAACGGAGACCAAUGCGGCAAGCGAAGCAGCUUCACCAUCACUAUCAGCCGCGAUUCACAAUCCAGGGUCUGGUCGUCUUUCUAACAGGGUGAUUCUCGCAACAGCAGUGGUCACUUUGGUCGACGAUCACGGCAACUCGCACGUAGCAAGGGCACUGCUGGACUCAGGAAGCGAGUGCAGCUUCAUUACUGAGUCAUUUUCUCAACGGCUUCGGAUUCAUCGGCAAAAGGUUCAUCUCUCAAUCUCCGGAAUUGGCCAAUCUUCCACACAUGCCCGUCUGAAGCUCCGCACCACAGUACGCUCACGCACCACCCGGUUUUCCACCAUCGUCGAAUUACUUGUGCUUCCGAAACUCACCCUAAAUCUACCGUCCACAACCAUGGACAUGUCGAGCUGGAGUUUUCCGGAGGGAAUUCAGCUAGCAGAUCCAGCUUUCUACCAGUCAAAUCCCAUCGACGUAGUUCUGGGCGCUGAAAUAUUCUUCGACGUCUUCAAACCAUCAGGCAGAGUAUCACUUGGGGAUGGGCUUCCGAUGCUGGUGAAUUCGGUCUUUGGCUGGGUGGUCUCUGGGAAGGUUAUGCAGUCCAAUCACCUCAAGACGAUUUCCUGCAACGUCGCUACAGUGGCGGACAUCCAACGAUUCAUGCAACGGUUUUGGGCAAUCGAGGAGGAAAGCGCCGUUCCUAGUCUCUCGGUAGAAGAAGCGGCGUGCGAGGAGCAUUUUCGUCGUACAGUUCAACGUACACCAGAUGGCCGAUAUAUUGUGCGAUUGCCGUUGAAGGAAGCGGCAGACAACAUAGGCGACAACUGCAACACUGCGCGACGUCGUUUUCACAUGAUCGAAUCUCGCCUUCAACGCAACAAGGAGCUGCAGAUUCAGUAUCGGGACUUCAUGGCAGAAUACGAAACCCUUGGCCACAUGCAUCGAGUGGCGGACACAGCUGGAUCCGAUUCUUCCCGGUACUACUUACCCCAUCAUCCUGUGAUUCGUGAAACGAGCUCCACAACCAAGGUCCGAGUUGUUUUCGACGCAUCGUGUAAAUCUGCUACCGGAAAAUCUCUGAACGAUGUGCUUAUGGUAGGCGCAGUAAUUCAAGACGAUCUGAGAGCCAUCAUAUUGAGGUCCAGGCUUCACCAGGUCAUGCUCAUCGCUGACAUUAAGCAGAUGUAUCGUCAAGUGCUGGUCGACGAUAGAGACACUCCACUGCAGCGGAUUUUUUGGCGGAAUUCCCCCGAGGAACCUCUACAGACCUUCGAGCUAAAAACGGUCACCUACGGCACGGCCAGCGCACCGUUUCUCGCUACCAGGGUACUUCAGCAGUUAGCCGAUGAUGAAAACCAGAACUUUCCCGAAGCAGCCAAGAUUCUGAAGCGCGAUGUUUACGUCGACGAUCUGUUCACCGGAGGCAGCUCACCAGAGGAAGCGUGCCAUUCAAUCUUCGGUCUAGCAGCAGACCAGUGCAUCAAAACCCUGGGCCUACACUGGGAACCAACAGCCGACAACUUACGGUUCCACAUCCAACUCCCCAAGCAACCACCAGACACCCUUAUGACGAAACGAAUCGCUCUGUCACAAAUCGCACAACUUUUCGAUCCGUUAGGCCUGGUUGGACCAGUCAUCGUAACCGCUAAGAUAUUUAUGCAGACGCUGUGGGGCCUUACAUCCGAAGACGACACACCUUGGGGCUGGGAUCAACCGCUACCAGAUUCUCUCGCCACUUACUGGAUCAAAUACUACUCGCAGUUGCCUCUGCUUGAGCAACUCAGAAUUCCUCGAUGUGUUGUUUUGCCCGAUCCAUGUAACAUUCAGCUUCACCUCUUUUCGGACGCAUCGGAACAAGCAUAUGGCGCUUGUGCAUAUCUUCGAUCGACCGACGCUUCCGGGAAUGUUCUGGCGCAGCAUUCCUCGACUCGAGCUCUGCGGAGCACUAGAAGCGGCUCAAUUGUACCAAAAGGUCUGCUCCGCCUUCGGAUCAAGGUUCACGACAUUCUUCUGGGUCGACUCUACUACCGUUCUUGCCUGGCUUAA